GAGGAUACGAAUCGGUUUUGUCGCUGCUGCACUGAUUUCAGACUUUUAAACGGAAGUGAGAGAAUUUUGCGUGAAGGAAACGGAAACGGAAGACACGACAGCUUCAUUCGGUGCUCACUUUCUUCGCGAGUCGUUACGAGAAAUUUGGCCAAGCCAUUUUUUUCCCAAGCGCAACGCCGACCAAUGAGGUCGCGCGUGGUAGCCGGCCAUUUUACUUUCGCUACGAUCGCGCGAAACGAGAACUGAAGAAUCUUGGUCGAAUUCUUCAUACCGUCAUGCAGUUUUGAGAAGAAUCGUGAACGUGAGCAGUUGGGUUCUGAUUCAGACGCAUUCACGAAGGACUUCAUCGCAUCUCGCGUCCUGCUUACUGCAGCACCGACGAAUCCGCGCGAUCUGACGCGUUGCGAUUCCCGUCCGACGAGAAAAUUUACGUCGCGAUGGUCCUGGCAGAGAGAAAUUCGGAAAAUGUGCGUAACGGCCGCCGAUCGCGAGGCCCCAGCCCUAACGCACAGACCGACUCGUCCAGUGAGGAGGAAGGAGUUCCAGCAGAAAAGAUAAGAGUUGGACGAGAUUAUCAAGUCGUCGUUCCAGAAUUUGUUCCUGUCAAUGAACGUCGAUUGGAUCAGUGUCCCGAUAGGGCGUUAUUAGUUUGGUCACCCACCACGGAUAUACCAGAUCAAAAAUUGGACGAAUACAUUAUAUUAGCUAAAGAAAAAUAUGGUUAUAAUGGAGAACAGGCAUUAGGAAUGUUGUUUUGGCAUAAGCAUAAUUUGGAGCGCGCAGUCCUGGAUUUGGCAAAUUUUACACCAUUUCCUGACGAGUGGACGGUUGAAGAUAAAGUAUUAUUUGAGCAGGCGUUUCAAUUUCAUGGCAAAAGUUUCCAUCGCAUUCGACAAAUGCUACCUGAUAAAUCUAUCGCAAGCCUUGUGAAAUACUACUACAGCUGGAAGAAGACACGAACUAGAACAUCAUUGAUGGAUAGGCAAGCACGUAAAUUGACGAGCGGCUGCAAAGAAGGCGAAAAUGGCAGCGAAAAUGGAAGUGAGCUUGGUUCCAACACAGAUAGCGAAUCUGAAGAAAAAAAAUGGACGAUCCACCGCGGAAUACGUCGUGGAAAGAACCAAGCUGUGCCAGGAAGCCAAGGCACUGAUGCUAAGGCCCCAUCCGACUCGGAAAACGCCCCUCAGGUUCAGGGCUCGUGUAGUAACUGUGGCAUCGCAUGCCAUAGUGUUCGUGCGACGCCCAAGGGACAUGCGUGUCAUAGCUGCUAUCUACAUUGGAGGCGUACCGGUGUAGCAAGACCGUUAACUUCCAUGCCGGGUCGUACGAAUAAAAGAAAACCACCUCGGGGCUUAGUUGUGAAUCACGAUGAUUUGGCGGCGUUGGCUGGUCAACCAAAUCAAGCCAACAACAGUUUGCAAGCUAUCGAUACUGAGAUCGUUAGCUUAAAACGUCAAAUACAAGCUAACAAACAACAAGUAAGCGCACUGAAGCGAAAGACAACCGAUGGUAUCGACCAUCUACGGCCACCGGAAGUAUCAAGCCGUAUAAAUGCACGCUGGACAAACGAUGAAUUACUAUUAGCGGUUCAAGGCAUUAGAAAAUACGGAAAGGAUUUUGCCGCAAUUGCUGAAGUUAUUGGUACCAAAACUGAAGCCCAUUUACGAUCAUUUUUCGUAAACUAUCGACGAAGAUAUAAUUUAGAUGCAGUACUGAAAGAAUUUGAGGCUGAAAAUGGUCCCAUUCUUAUCGACGAUGAAAAAGAAGAAAAGAUGGAUGUUGAUCAAUCAAAUGACACUGCAGAAUCAUCUCAGAAGGGGAAAGCUUCUACUGGGCCUGGACAAGCUGCUAAAUAACAAAUGAGUACAAUUUUAAAUACGAAACGAGAAAAGAAUAACUGCAGGUUCAGUGAUAA